AUGCUGGGCGGGGGAUUCGGUCAGCCAGGGGGAGGCGCGGGUAUGCGCGGGGGUCGUCCGCCGUCCGAGCACAUCGUGGAGGCGCUGCUUCAGCGGUUCGUCCCGCUGGCGCGCGCAAGGAUAGAUGCGGCUGCGCAGGAUGGGCAGGGCUUGAAGCUGGAGGACGGGGCGUACGAGAAGGUGCUGGACUCGCUGGCUAUGGUGGCUGCUCACAUGCCCCGCCCGCUGCUAGACGCGCUGCUCAAAUGGCGCGACGGGGAGUCACCGAAGCUGAUGGACGAUGCUAAGUUCGGACCGGGCCAAGGCAUGCACACACUGCACCGCAAGCUGUUAGUGGAGUGUGUGUUCAUCUCUGCCGCUGUUCGCUUUGUUGACUGCUGCCCUCCUGACGGCCUCACAGAGGAGCUAUGGAGCGGCUUGGAGGACUUCAUAUUCGACUGGUUCGUGCAUGCCGAGAGGCUCAUUCCCCAGUCGGAGUUCCCAGGGUUGAUGGAGCUGCGCGCCAAGCUCCUGGACUGUGUUGCUGAUCUUGCUGGGGUGCUCUCAGUCAAGCGCUUUGAGAGCAUGGCGGCGCGCUUCUUUGUGGAGCUGGACACGCGGGCCAUGGAGCAGCCGAUGCGGCUGGAGGGGCUGUCGGCGACGGGCAGCCUGCGCGUGGUGCCGGUGGUGGACGUGUUUGCGCGCGGCAGCGAGCGGUCGUUGGCCAUGGAGUUCAGCGUGCGGCGCUACGACGCCACCUCCAACCGCAACGAGCUGCUCAGCGUCGUGCACGGCAUGCGCUUCCUCCGCCUUGAUAUGUCCACGCCUGCCGCAGUCAUGGCCUCCCGCAACUUCCUCCUCAAGGCGAACCCUCUGAGCCGCGCGCCCUCCAAGAAGAAAACCGAGCUGCAGCACGCGCUCUGCGCCAUGCUCACGUCUAUCCUCGCCCCGCUCACUGAAAACCCCCGCUCCCGCUGGCCCCCCCUUAAGCACUUGAUGGGCGGUGCCGGGGGAGGGGGAGUGGGGGGAGUGGGGCCUGCUGUCUCUGCUGCAGCUGCGGAUGCGCUGACUGCAUGGAAUUCCGCGGUGCUGCAUUUGCGGGGGCAGCUGUCGGGAUGGGUGGCGCCGCAGUCGACGCUGUCGCUGCAGAUGGACAAGCAGUCGAGACACAUCCAGGUGGCAUACCCCCUGAACACGCUGCUGCUGUGCCUGGGCGACCAGCACUCCUUCGACUCUCUCUUCAACAGCUUCGUCGAAAUGCUCUACAAACACCUCAGGGAGAAGAGCUACCGGGCAGUGGCACUGGACUGCCUGCACCGCCUCGUGCACUUUUACCUCAGCGUGUAUGCCGAUGGCCAGCCCAAGAGCCGCGUCUGGGAGAAACUCGAGGGCAUAACGAAGCAGCUGAUGACGAGUCUGAAGAAGGGCGUGCUGUCGCAGGACAUGCAGCACGACCGCCUGGUGGACCUGUGCGUCACCGUCGCCGCCACCGACCUCGAGUUUGCCAUGAACCACAUGGUCAUCGAGCUGCUGCGCACCGAUGGGCUCGGCGAGGCCAAGGUGGUGGGACUGCGUGCGCUGCUGGCAGUGGUAGAGAACGCCCUGCACCAGUCCAACGCAGCCACCCUCAUGGCUCCCGACCGCAAGUCCUCCGCCCUCGCUGGCUCCGCCAAGCCCCUCGGCACCACCCGCCAAGCCCCCCACGUGCCCUUCUUCGGUGGACCAGGGGGAGGCGGAGGAGGAGGGGGCCUCCCCCCCGGACUCCCCGUCCCCCAGAUGUCUCAGCAGCAGCAGAUGCUCAUCCAGCAGCAGAAGCAGCAGCAGCAGCAGCAGCAGGGGGCGGCAGGGCAUGCGGCGCAUCUGAGUUCACGGUUUGGGUCGGUGGAUUACGGGAGGCUGGGCGUGGGGCCGGCGGAAACGGCGGUGAUGGCGCCGCACAUGCCUCGUGUGCGUGCUGCUCUGGGGGCGAUCAUCAAGCAGUGCCAUGCCGCGUUUGGGUCGCUGCUGCUCAUCACGCCCAAGACCACCAUCGACAUGAUGUCCAAGGACAAGGUGCAGAGCUGGCAGGUGUUCAAGUGGGCAUUACGGUGCAUGCCGCACCUCAUCCCGGAGCAGUGGCGCAACGACAAGAUGACUGAGAUCAUCCCCGUCUACGCCAUCUCCAUCGACCCCCACGUGCGCGACGAGGCCGUGCAAGUGCUCUUCCGCACCGUGCGCGACCUGCCGCAGUGCCGCUUCCCCAUCCUGCGCGGCAUGGCGAAUUUCAUCCUCAAAAUCCCGGAUGAGUACCCCCAACUCAUCCACUCCUCUCUAGUAUGCCUCGUCCAGUUACUCAACGCCUGGCGCAUCUGCCUCGCGUAUGAAGCCUCCUCCUCUGCGGCUGCCUCGGGGCAUGGGGGUUCCCUUGGCGGUCCUGGGGCCGGGGGUGGAGCGGCGGGGGGGGCAGGAAGCGCGGAUUUACUCGCCCGUACCCGGCAGGUUCUCGCGGCGCAUGGGGGGGACGACGGGCUGAGGUUUGACCCGUCGGGGAUGGACGCGGUGGGGCUGAUUUUCCUGUGCUCGGCGGAUAACAAGAUCCGGAGGACAGCGCUGGAGCUGCUGCGGAACGUGCGCGCCCUACAGCGGGACCUGGCGCGGCUGUUUGCAGCGGGGGGCGAGCAGCAGGUGGAGGAGGACCCGCCGACUACGUAUAUCAUCGACAUUAUGGAGGAGACGGGGGAGGAGGUGGUGAGCAAGUGCUACUGGGACAGCGGCAAGUGGCACGAGCUGCAGCCGGAGAGCGAUGCAGAGGCACUGCAGGACGUGACGCUGCAGCACAUCCUCGAGGGCUCCGACCAGGCACGCUGGGGGCGCUGCCUCAGCGAGCUCGUCAAGUACUGCGCCGAGCUCUGCCCUUCCUCCGUGCAGGGCGCCAGGCUGGAAGUGGUAGCGCGGAUGACCCCACUCUCCCCCGCCGACUCCUCCGGCCGGCAGGAGAAGGCGGGUGCGGGGGGAGACGGGGACACGAAGCUGGAGCAGUGGCAACUGUACGCCAUGUUUGCGUGCGCGUGCCCACCGGAGGACGCGCCUGACGGUGGAGAGCAGAGCAUCAAGGAGCUCGUGCGCCUCGUGCUGCCCAUGGCCCGCUCGGGUGCUGAAUCCUCUGUGUACGCAGCGACGGUGGCGCUGGGGCAUGCGCAUGCGGGCAUCUGUGAGGCGAUGCUGACGGAGCUCAUGAUGUGGGUGGAAGAGCUGCUCGCAGAGAUAGAGCAGCGCAAAUGGAAGAACCAGAAGGUGCGCAAGGAGGACAUGCGUGUGUUCAUGGCGCAGGUGUACCGCCUCGUAGCGGAGAACCUCUGGCCGGGCGUGCUCCCCCAGCGCCCGUGGCUGCGGCAGCUCUUCCUCAAGUUCAUGGACAGCACCGCGCAGCACGUCUCCAAGGAGACCGGCGACGCGUUUCUCGACGCGCAGCCGCUGCGCUUCGCGCUGUGCUCGGUGGUGCGCUGCCUGUCCAUCGAGCUCAACGGGUGCGCGUCGAAGCGGUUCGACAUAAAGCUGCGGCGGCAGCUGUUUGAUCUGAUGGCGUCGUGGUGCGAUGAGGCGGGCGGGCUGGAGAACAUGACGAGCGAGUUCCGAAGGGAGGUGGAGCGGACGAAAGCGGCGGCCAUGGCGCGGACGAAAGAUGCGGCGGAGCGAGCGGCUGUGGAGAAGGAACUGAACGAGCAGGCAGAUGCCAUUCAUGGCAUGGCGAUGCAGGCGCUAGCAGCGCUGCUGCAUGGGCCGUGCUUCGAUGAGGGCCUGAGGAAGAUGAGGAAGGGCGGAGAGGGCGGGCAUGGGAAGGGUGUGGGCAACAGAGAGUGGCGGAGCUUGUUUGGGUCGCCGUCUUGGCGGUCUAUGCUGGGGAGAGAGGCGCUGCUGAAUCUGCUCAAGACCAAUCCUGACAUCGUGCCUGCUGUCAUCGACCAGUGCUACAACUCGGACUCAGAGCUGGCGAACGGGUACUUCACGGUGCUGGCAGAGGUGUACAUGCGCGAGGAGUGCCCACAGUGCGAGCUGCAUCGCCUGCUCUCCCUCAUCCUCUACAAGGUGGUGGACCCGUGUCGGAGCAUAAGGGACGAUGCGCUGCAGAUGCUGGAGACCAUGUCCAUGCGCGACUGGGCCGACUACACCUCCUCCUACUCCUCCUCCGCUGGCCGCUACCGUGCCGCCGUGGUGGGCUCGCUGCCCGACAGCUACCAGCAGUUCCAGUUCCAGCUGUCGGCCAAGCUGGCGCACGAGCACCCCGAGAUGAGCGAGCUGCUGUGCGAGGAGAUCAUGCAGCGGCAGUUAGAUGCUGUCAAUAUCAUUGCUCAACAUCAGGUGCUGACGUGCAUGGCGCCGUGGAUCGAGAACCUCAACUUCGCGGCGCUGUGGGACAGCGGGUGGAGCGAGCGGCUGCUCAAGUCGCUGUACUACGUGACGUGGCGCCACGGCGACCAGUUCCCCGAUGAGAUCGAGAAGCUCUGGUCCACUGUGGCUGCCAAGCGGAGGAACAUCAUUCCAGUCAUUAACUUCCUCAUUUCCAAGGGGUUGGAGGACUGUGACAGUGCAGGGGGGGAGAUCACGGGAGCACUGGAGACAUACUUCAGUGUGGCCAAGCGCAUCAGCCUCUACCUCGCUCGCAUCUCCCCCCAGCAGACCAUCGACCACCUUGUCUAUGAGCUCUCACAGCGCAUGUCCGAGGAGGAUGCAGUGGACGUCUCCUCCUCGGCCGACCAAUGGCAGGAGGACAUGUCAGAGAUCCUCAGGUUCUCCCACGGCUGCAAAUUGACCGGCACAUCAGCAGCAGCGCUAGCAGCAGGAGCAUCCCCUCUCCCCCCUCUCCCAGGCCAAGUUCCCUCGGCUCACGCGCACCACCAGCACCACCACCGCGCCACCACCACCACCACUGCCUUUGGCACUGUGCGCUCGCCCUUUGGGUCUUCCACUGCCUCUGCCUUGUCUCCUGCUUCCUCUGACUUUCUCCGCUCCUCGCUCUCCUCCGCCUCCUCCUCUGCUGCUUCGACUCUGCGUUCCAACAGCAUGCGCAUGAACCGCGCUCCCUUUGACACCCUCGGCACCUUCACCAUGGACUUCCCCAUCGCGCCGCUCCUUGAAACCACCCCCUCCGCGCCCCCCGCCGUCCCCGCCUCCGCCUGCAAACCUUCCAACCCCGUCCCCAACGCCAUGCUUAUGCUCCCGCACGUCUGGCUCACGCGCGCCGACUUCGCCCUAAUCCUCCUGGCCGAAAUUGCGUACGAGAACGACGAGGAUUUCCGAGGGCACCUGCCGCUGCUGUUCCACGUGACGUUUGUGCUGAUGGACUCGAGUGAGGUGGUCGUGCUGGAGCAUGCGCAGCAGCUGCUCGUGAACCUGCUGUACACGCUCGCAGGGCGGCAUUUGGAGCUGUAUGAUGCACGGGACCAGAGCGAGGGCGAGUACAAGCAGCAGGUGGUGAGCCUGAUAAAGUACGUGCAGUCGAAGAAGGGCAGUCUCAUGUGGCCCAACGAGGACAUCUCCCUCACGCACACGUCCAUCCCCUCCGCGACGCUCCUCACGUCCCUCGUGCACUCCGUCGUCGACGCCAUCUUCUUCCAGAGCGACCUGCGCACGCGCUGGGGAGAGGAGGCCCUCAAGUGGCUCCUCGACAGCGCGUCUCGCCACGCUGCUGCCCGCUCCCACCAGAUGUUCCGCGCUCUCCGUCCCCACGUUACUUCUGACACCUGCCUGCUGCUGCUGCGGUCUCUUCAGCGUUGCUUCUCCAACCCGUCCCCGCCCAUCCUCGGGUUUGUGAUGGAGAUUCUGCUCACGAUGCAAGUGGUGGUGAACUCCAUGGAGCCGGAGAAAAUGAUUCUUUACCCGCAUGUCUUCUGGGGGUGCAUCGCGCUGCUUCACACCGACUACGUACACGUGUACACACACGCGUUGGAGCUUUUUGGCAGUGUCAUCGACCGGCUGUCGCUGCACGACCAGACAACGGAGAACAUUCUCCUCUCCGCCAUGCCGCUCCUCCAGGCGCAUUCGGGGCGAGGGGGGAGGGGAGGAGCAGGGAGCGGGAAGGAUGAGGAGGGCGGGGGAGGGCAGGCACAGCAGGGCGGCGGGCAGGCACAGGCUCUUUCGCAGCAGCAGCAAGAGGUGGUAUCAGGGCUGCAGUUCCAGAAGGUCCAGCGCCUUGUGCUUAAAGGGCUUCUCUCGGGAGUGUCCCACGGGGUGGCGAUCGACGUCCUUUCCAAGAUCACCAUGCGCUCGUGCGAUAGGAUAUUUGGCGACGGGAACACUCGGCUGCUGGUGCAUGUGGUGGGGCUGCUGCCGUGGCUGUGUGUGCAGUUGCAGUACGGGGCAGAUGCGGCCAUGGGCCUGCUGGUGCUAUCGUCGCCGCUGCAGCAGCGCCUGGAUAAGGCACGGGCUGUGGCGAUGAAGAUUGCCAAGUGGUGUGUGCAGUGCGACCUGCAGGCCCUAGCCGAUGUGUUCUUCUCAUACGCCAAUGCCGUAACCCUCACAGUCGACGAGCUUCUCGAGAGCGUCGCACCGCCCAUCUGCGCGCAGUGGUUCCCAGACCACACGCUCCUGGCCCUAGGCCACCUGCUGGCCAUGCUGGAAAAAGGCCCCAUGGAGUACCAUCAAAUGGUGCUGCUGAUCCUGCAAGCUCUCCUCCGCCGCACAUCCCUGGACGCUACACAGAGCCCCCUGCUGUACGCGUCUGUCUCGCGUUUGCUGGACAGCGGGCACUGUAGGGAGGAGGCGCUGGGGGUUCUGGAGGCGAUUUUGGAUAGCUGUGCUGCCACGAUCCAUCGCCCUGCCGGUUCUGCUUCUGCUGCUGCGGCUGCUGCUGCUGCGGCGGCGGCGGCGGCAGCUGCGGCGGCAGCGGGGGGAGAUUAUUCGCCCGGCUUUUCGGCGGAGUUGCUGCCGUCGCCGGACCUGGCGCUGAGGCUGACGCAGGAGGCGUUGGCUCGGGUGUUGGACUCGUAUGGAGGCGGGCGGCGCACUGGCAAGGAGGCGAAACGGUUGGUGCCGUUUGUUGAUGCGGGAGCUGGGGCUGGAGGGUCCACUGGGGGUGGGGGAGGGAGUGGUAUGCAUGGUGGCAGAAGGGAUUAG